AUGUGGACCCUCGAGUCGGACGGGGAGUUUCUCCAAGGAAAACGAGUCUGGCUGAGACCAGGCCAGAGGUAUCUGUUCGGACGAGUAAAGAAAGAUGGAGUCUUCCAGGCUAUCGAUCACAAAGGCGUGUCGCGAAGGCAAUGCGUCAUCGAGGUCGAAAAAGUCAAACCAGGUGAUGGGUCUCUGCUUCAUACCCGAUCGAAGAUUAUUGUGACAGAUGAAAACUCCAGAAGUGGGACAUACGUUGAUGGCAAGCUGCUGAAGGGGGCAAGCCAAGAGUUGAAGAGUCUACAGCACCAUUUGAAGCUGGGGGCAUAUCCUUACAUUUUGACCAUCAAAUGGCAACCUGUGUGUUUGAGUUUCUUCUUGACGAGCAAGGAGAAAAAGAGCCCGGAUCCAUUGCGAGUGAAAAGAGAUCUACUAGAGCCGCUCGACAUCAAAACAAUCCAGCCAUUCGUGUCGAACCAGACAACGCAUGUUGUUGCUACCAAGAGGAAUACAGUGCCUGGUCUUCAAGCAUUGAUCUCUGGAAAGCAUAUUGUCGAUCAUUCCUAUGUUGAUGCAUUGGUCUUUGCUGCCACUCCAGAUGAUCUUGAGGAGGACGAGAAUUUGUCACCCUUGGAGCAGGACUUUGAUGCUGCGUGGCCUGAUCCGGUGCCACAUCUGCCACCGCAGGGAAGAGAGCCUACAGAGAAGCCACCUGAAUCAUACUCGCCCGACUCCACAAGAGAAAAUGUCUUCGAGGGUUGGACCUUUGUCUUUCUUGAGCCUGGUCAAUAUGAGACUCUAUUACCUGCAAUCACAACAGGUCAUGGGAAAGGUCUUUUGUAUAACCUCGAACCUGGCAAGACCACCGCAGAAGACGUCGUCACAUACAUGCGAAAUGCUGCAGGGGAAAAAGGGGUUGGUAGUUUCAGCCAGUCCACGAAUGAAGGAGGUGUCAUCAUGGUCAAACCAACCUUAAAGAAAGAAUGGUUGCAGUGGGGGGAUGAGCUUGCCAAUGAAGUCGCAUUGAAGCUUGAUCAAAAGUACAUUGACCAAGCCGAUUUUCUAGAUGCCAUUUUAGGCAAUGAUGCAGCGUCAUUGAGGAAAGCUGUUCCGUUCGAGACUAUGAGUGAAAGAGGGGCGCCUCCGCUAAUAGCGGCGUCAUCUACGGUAGCCAAAAACCCUCCAAGUACUUCGGUUCCACAAGAGACUCAAACCGCAUCACGUCCAAACGACGUUGGAGGCGCAGGAAAUCCUAAAGCUUCCCCACCCACGCUGAAUCACUCACCUGAACAGGAGGCUCCUCCCCAAAAACGUGCACGUAUACGCGCUGCGCCCAUCAGUCGGUUCAAAGCGUUCGAUGACGAGUUUGAUAUGGACGCUAUAGCUCCAUAUGAGCCUCCUGAUGAGAGCAUCGGAUCUCAAACUCAUCCCUCCCAGGAGAGAGCAACAACGCCGUUCUCGGUUGAGGAUGAAUCAUCACAGAUCAAUGGGCAUGCUGGUGGUGGUGGUGGUGGUGGUGGGCACAAGAGGGCUAGGUCUCCAAGCGACGACGCCAUGGUUGAUGGACUUCUCCCCGCGGCUGUAGCUAUGAAAAAGCGGAAGCUAGCGUUCGAUAAAGGAAACAGAGGAAAGAAUGUGACCGGAGCGCAGGAUCAUGCUGAGGAGCAGGAUAAACGGAAAGCGCGAAAGGCUCCAGCGAGACAGGAGAUGGAUGUUCGAGCAGUUGCUCGUGAACGGCGUGAGGCAGAAGAAGAGGCAGCAAGAAGGGAUCAGGAGGUUCUUGAAGCUAACCUUGGUGAUAUUAGCGUGGAAGAAAUGAAGAAGCUUGCCGUGGUUGUGGAAAUGGAAGUUCCUACAGGCAAUAAACGAGCCGACCGAGCCAUUGGGGACGCAAGUGACCGCUGGAACGAGCGAUGGAAUGGGAGGAAGAAUUUCAAGAGAUUUCGAAGGAAGGGAGAAGGCGAUGGAAGCGCCAGGAGGCCAACCCAAGGUGUGAUUGUGCCUCUGGUGGAGGUGAAGAGGAAGAACUAUGGGAUUGGAGAGGCGUAUUGGAGUAGUAGUCGGGACAAAGAGAACGACUCCGGACGCAAGAGUGGCCGAGGCGGGAAUGUCUCGUCGCAGACUCAAACACAGACCCAAUCACAGACACAUCCAUUGGCGGAAGACUCUACAUCACCAACCAUGACCCGACUCCAACAAGAAGCUGCCGAUAUAGUGGAGUCGAUCGACGUGGACAGGCCGCGCCAGACUCGAUUGACGGACAGGACGCAGCAGAGUCAAGCUAGCGUCAACAGCAGUAAAGGGAAAAGAGCAGCCAGCUCUGCAGCGCAUGUUACCGCGAAGAAACAGAGGACAAUCCGAACCAAAGCCGCGUCUGAUAGCGAGAGCGAUGAGGAGUUGAGGUUCAGAUUUGGCGGCAGGAGAGGAUGA